AUGUUUUUUAAUAAUAGUGAUCAAAACUUUUAAGGGAAUACUCCUUUAGGAUAUUAAUUUGGUGGAGCUUUCACUUUUGGUUAAUCUGAUAGAACAGAUUGGGUGAAAAGAGAUGAUUAAAUUGAAUCUAAAACAGAAUAAGUUUUAGAUUGUAAAAAAUUCAAAGAUACUUAAACUCAAGCUGAGAAAUUUAGACAAACUAAAUAAAAAACAUCAAGAUCAAAUUUUUCUAGAGAUGACAGAAUCAAACCAAUAAAAUCACCUAAUCCACCUGUUGGAAAAUAUAAUCUUCAUAAGUAACUUAUAUUGGAUGAAGAAAAUAUAAAGAAUAUUUAAGAUAAAGCAUAAUAAGAGAAAAAGAAGGCUUAAUUUACAAUUUAAACAUCUUUAGGAAAAAUAAAACCAAAUGGAGAAAUAGAUACUCAUCCAACCUGGGUGAAUGGAAAAGAUUAAUAAUUUAGAGAAGAUCCUAUAGGGUAUAAUAUAUAUAUAUAUAAAAGUCCUGGUUCAUAUAAUCCAAACAUUCCUGGAAGAUCUUAAGUUCCAAUUUCAUUUGGAUACAAAGAAACCUUUAAUUGGACAAAAGAUGGACCUUCACCUGAUAAAUAUUACAAUUCAGAAACAUUCAGUUAAUUUAGAACAACAACAAGUUGGUAAGAUACAAAACAUAGAAAAAAUGGAUUUGGUUCAGCACCUAAAAAUGUAUGGCCAAAAUCAAUAGAUCUUGGUCCUGGAUAAUAUUAACCUAAUGAACUUGCUAAAGGUUUAACAAUAUCAUUUCCAAAAAGUGAAAGAUAAUAUUAUAAAGCAACUGAUAUUCCUGGACCUGGUACUUAUGCACCUAAAAAUGUUAAUGUUAAAAAAGCUUUUAGUAUUGGUCAUAAAUAUAUUCCAUUUAAAACAUCAGAAUUUUAUGUUCCUGGUCCUGGAAGUAAUUUAUUAAUAUUUAAAUAUUUAUAGCUUAUAAUUAAAAAUUACCAUCAAACAGUAAAUUAAUAUCAAUGCCUAAAGAUAAAAGAUAAGAUCUUGUUACUAGAGAAUCUACUCUUAAACCAGGACCUGGUUAAUAUAUAUAAAAUACAGAUACUAUUAAAUCUAAAGAUGUUCCUAUUGAAAAUUAACAUGGUUUUGGUGUAGCCAAAAGAUAUGAAUUAGCAGAUGAUGAUAAUUUAUAAAUUCCAGAAAAAUCUGAAUAAUAAAAAUAAGAAGAAAGAGAAAUUAUUGGAUUUUCAACUUUAGGUGGUCCUAAAUAUUCUAUGAGAUAAAAAAAUGAAAAAUAAACUAUUAAUUAAAAUCCAUCACCUGGUAAAUAUGAACCUGAUUACGAUUACAAAUAUGGUCAAUAAUCUAAUUAUAAACCUCCUUAUCAUUAUACAAUUCCCAAAACUGCUGUUCCAUCUAUGGGAUUAAGUAAUAGAAGUGAUCCAACUAUCUCUAAAUUUAAAGAAAUAGGUCCUGGAAGUUAUACUGCUUUACCAUCAUAAUCUGGUCCUAGAGUUAGGUAUAUAUUUAUAUAUAUUCUAAUAAUUUUAGUAUGCCUAAAGCUGCUAGAUUUCCUAUUAGAGAACCAGAAGAUGUAGGUCCUGGAUCAUAUAAAAUUGGAACAACUAUUGGAUUAAUACCUAAAUAUCAUUUUGAAAAAUAGAAAGACUAAUUAGAAACUUCAUUAACCCAAUUUGAUAAAUUUCAUAAAUGAAAUAUAUCAUUUAUUAUAUAAAUG